AUGACCGACUUCAAUGAGACAAGAUCACCCCUGACAAACGAAAAUGUCCAGGCAUGGGCGCGUGCGAAUUUUGCCGCGCCCUUUCGCGCUUUGCCGCGCGCCGCAAGACUGCAAUGGAUCCAGUUCGACGAGAGCUUCACCAUCAGCAGAGCCAUCUGGCGAGGGCUCGGCCGUUCCACUCACAAGCAAUUACUUGUCAUCGGCGGAUAUGCGCCAGGCCCCGCGGGCGACGACGAUGAACCCAUAGAUCGCGUCACCGCGCACGUCCACGAAGAUGAAGCCGAGGUCAGCUUUUAUCGCAUAACCGAAUUGGACGACGGCGGUAACGAGCUGCAAGCUGUGAAUAGUACGAGUACUGUUGCCUUCCAUGCGCCUUUUUGUGAUGUCGGAGACGAUACGGGAGGGUCCAAAGCCAUCCAUCGCGUGUCGGCCCUCAUUCUUUACUACUUCUUGGCUGCUGGCCACGUGAAAGAGCUAUGUCGGACAAGAUCGGAUCCCACCAUGUUUACCAGGAAUUUUCGGGACGCAUGUUUAUGGGUGCAGAACGAGGGAGAACGGCCAUUGCUGCCGCCAUCGAGGAAAUCAGAACCCAGUACUCCUCAUGAAAAGGACCCAAUUGCUGUUCGGCCAAAGCGAUCAUCUACCGUUUCAUCACUAUCAAGGUCCAUACCUGAAGACAUCCAGGCACCACCCAUCAAACGCGCAGCAACAGACAGCUUGAACGUCAAGAUCAAACGCGAACGCGAUGAAGACUAUCCCGGCAUCGCAUCGGCUAUCCGUCCUAAGAAGCAUCCCCGACGUACCCUCAGUGAGCAAAUCAUCGUACCUUCAAGCCUCAAGGAAUCAACGGCAGCGCCAUCACCAUCAUCCAUUUUAAGUCCACGUAGUCCAGCACCAGAGCGUGUCAAUCGCGCACUAACAGAUCGAAUCCAACACCUCAAAGAUGAGAAUGCUGGUCUGAAAGCCUCAGUAAAUGGCCUCGAGACAGAGAAAACAGAUCUGCAACAACGAAUGGCAAAAGAAUCACAUGCAUAUCGCGGACUGCAAAUCGAAUCCGAUGCGCUGCGGAAAGAAUCCGAGUAUAUGAAAAAAGAGAUAAUGGCCAUUAAGGAGCGUUUAGAAUCUGUCGAAACAUCAGGCGAGAAGCUACGCGCCGAAGUAGACCGGUUAACAGUUGUAGAAGAAGCCAGCAAAGAACUACGGAAAGAGUUGAGAAAUGAAGUCGAGAAGCUGAGAGGUAGAGUUGAAAGGAGUGAGAAAGAGGCGGAAAAUGCGAAGGAAGAGUUGUUGGCUGUACGGAGAGGGCUUACGAAAGAGUUGGGUGAGGCGGUCAAGAAGUGGGGUGCAUAG